AUGCUGCUCGCGCUGCACGGCGCCGACGUCAUCAAGAUCGAGCCGCCCGAAGGCGACUGGGGCCGCGCGCUGGGCGAGCUGAAGGGCGACCACUGCGCCCAUUCCGUCGCCUUCAACCGCGGCAAGCGCUCGAUCGCGCUCGAUCUCAAAUCGGCCGACGGCAUCGCCGUGGUGAAGAAGCUUGCUGAGAAGGCACAUGUGGUGAUGGAGAGCUUCCGUCCCGGCGUGAUCUCGCGGCUGGGCUUCGGCUACGAGGACGUCAAGAAGAUCAACCCCAACGUCAUCUACUGCUCGGUGUCGGGCUUCGGCCAGACCGGCCCCUACAGCAAGCGCCCGACCGUCGAUGGCCUGAUCCAGGCGUUCAGCGGCAUGAUGGUGAUGAACAAGAUGCCGGACGGCACGCCGUGGCGUCAGGGCAUGAUCGCGGUCGACGUGACGACCGGCCUCUACACCUUCCAGGCGCUCAGCACCGCGCUGAUGCGCCAGUUCCGCUACAAUGAAGGCUGCUUCAUCGAUUCCAGCCUGAUGCGCGCCGCCGCCGCCUUCCAGGGCGCCAAGCUGAUGGAAUGGGUGUUCUCCAAGGGCGCGCCGCCCGUCCUCUACAUGCCCGCCGGCAGCUACAAGUCGAAGAACGGCUACAUCAUGGUCAGCGCCAUGCGGCCGCAUCACUUCCGGCUGCUGUUCGAACUGAUCGGCCGCCAGGACAUCGCCGACGAUCCGGAACUGCAGAGCCACGAGAACCGCAUCAAGAACGCCGCGAAGAUCAUCAAGGCGCUGAACGAGACGAUGCCGACCAAGACCACCGAGGAGUGGAUCGCGAUCCUGCAGCCCAAGGACGUGUUCUGCGAGCGGGUGAACAACUACUCCGACUAUCUCGACCAUCCGCACGUCAAGGAAUCGGGUGCGAUCGACUGGAUCGAGCAGGACGGGUUCGGCCGCAUGCCGACCGGCCUGCAGUAUCUGCGCGCCGGCUGGUACGACCGCGCCGAGCCGCUGUUCCGCAGCGCCAUCGUCCGCUUCGGGGAACGUCCCGACAUCCUGCAUUACCUCGCCGUCUGCCUGUCGCAGCGCGGCGCCGUGAAGGAAGCCGAAGGCCUAUGGCGCAAGGCGGUCGCGAAAGACCCCAACGAGCCGAUGCUGAUCUACAAUCUCGGGCUCGCCGCCCGGCGGCUCGGCAAUCUCGACGAAGCGGCACGCCGUUUCCGCGACACGAUCCGCCGCGCGCCGACCCAUGUCGAGGCGCGCCUGGCGCUGGCCUCCAUCCAUAUGGACAUGGGUCGCUUCGCCGCCGCCGAGCGUGAACUGUCGGAGUUCGUGGCCAACGUCGAUCGCGCCAUCCAGGAGCAUGGCACCGAGACGCUGAAGCCGCUGCAGGCGCGCGCCCGCAACAUGCUGGGCUAUGCGCUGUACCGCCUGGGCCAGCAUUCCGCGGCCAUCGAAGUGUUCGACAUGGCGCUGCAGGAUGCCGGCGACAAUGCCGAACGCCGCGGCCAGAUCCUGGGCGACCGCUCGCUCUCGCUGGCGGCCCUCGGCCACUACGACGAGGCCAUCGCCGAGGCCGGCCGGGCGCUCGAACUGGCGCCGGGCAGUGCCACGCUCAAUCACACGCGUCUCAACGACAUGCCGGAAGUCGAAGCCAAUCAUCUCCGGCGCAUCGAAUGCCCGACCUACGACGACACGCCGGCUCUCGCCGGCAAACCCCUUUCCCAGCGUCGCGUCGCGCUGAUCUCGACGGCCGGGCUUCACAAGCGCGGCGACCGGCCGUUUCGUCCCGGCGACGGCAGCUAUCGCGUCAUCCCGGCCGAGACGCCGGCGCACGACCUGGUGAUGAGCCACAUCUCGGUGAACUUCGACCGCACCGGCUUCCAGCAGGAUCACAACGUCGCCUUCCCGAUCGACCGGCUGCGCGAACUGGUCGACGAGGGUGUCGUCGGCUCGAUGGCGUCGGUUCAUUACUCCUUCAUGGGCGCGUUUCCGCCCGACGCGGCCGAGCCGCAUGCCCAGCAUCUCGCCGGCCUGCUGAAGCAGGAUGGCGUCGACGCGGCCCUGCUCGUCCCGCACACCGAGACCAUCCGCCCGCCGCGGGCUCUCUGGGUCACGUUCGAGCUCGGCCGGCCGCUCGGCAUCCCGGACGAUCCCGACUUCCAGCGCCGCGUACUGCGCGCCACCGCCGAAUUGCUGGAGCGGACCGACGGGCCGUUGAUCGCCGACUAUCCCGAGGAGGUCGCCGAGGAGGCGGACUUCACCGGCUGGGCCUGCCCGAUCAACCUGGCACCCCAGGCGACCGACACGCUGGCCGCCGAGAUCGACCGUCUGGCGACCUGGCACGAUCAGAGCGUGGCCAGGACAGGCCGCACGACCACGGGAGUCUCCGGUCUCGACAUGCCGGCCGCCGGCGCGUUGCUGUCAGGCGCAUUGAACGGUGAAUUGCCCCCGGCACAGGCGCUCAAGGAAGCCGUCGACGAUCUGCGGGCCUACUAUCUCGAAGCGGCAUCGGCCUUCCCCGAUCCCGGCACCUCGAAGCAGCGCAAGGCCUGGCUGUGGGACGAGACGUUGUUCGGCAAGGCGCUGCUGGCGCUGCAGCCCAGGCUGGCCGCCAGCGGCGACCCGCAGCA